AGCGCCCCGCGCCGCCCGCUCCCCGCCGCCAGCCCGGCCCGGGCGCCGCGGCCGACAAGGUCAGGAGACGAGAGGCGAUGAGCGAGUGCGGCCGGAGAGAGCCGAGCGGAGGCGGCCGCGGCGGGGGUCUGUCCCCCCCGACCGGGCAGCGGGACUGGGGCAGGCGCCGGUGAGGACGAGGAGCAGCGGCGGCGGCGGCGGCGGCGUUUCCUCCUGCCGGACUUGCCCUCGGGGGCCUCCCCGUGCGCGCUCCGGAGCGCAGCCCCGCCGGGCAGGGGCGCCGUGGAGGAUGGGGCCGGGGGGCCCGGCCCGCGCUGGCACCCCGCAGCCGUCGGCCCCGGGGCCGUGGAGGGCCCGGCCGGCGGGCGGCGGGGGCGCCUCCUGCCUGUGGGACGGGACCAGCUGGCUGUUGUGCUACGGCUUCCUCUACCUGGCCCUCUACGCGCAGGUGUCCCAGUCCAAGCCGUGCGACAGGACCGGCUCCUGCUUCUCGGGCCGCUGUGUCAACGCCACCUGCCUCUGCGACCCGGGCUGGGUGGGGGACCAGUGCCAGCACUGCCAGGGCAGGUUCAAGUUGACAGAACCUUCUGGAUAUUUAACAGAUGGUCCAAUUAAUUACAAGUAUAAAACUAAAUGUACAUGGCUAAUUGAAGGCUAUCCAAAUGCAGUGUUAAGAUUAAGAUUCAAUCAUUUUGCUACAGAAUGUAGCUGGGAUCAUAUGUAUGUUUAUGAUGGAGAUUCAAUAUAUGCACCUUUAAUAGCUGUGCUUAGUGGCUUGAUAGUCCCUGAAAUAAGGGGAAAUGAAACUGUGCCUGAAGUUGUCACAACAUCUGGCUAUGCACUGUUACACUUUUUUAGUGAUGCUGCAUAUAAUUUAACUGGUUUCAACAUUUUUUAUUCAAUCAAUUCUUGUCCUAACAAUUGCUCUGGUCAUGGGAAGUGUACAACUAGUAUGUCUGUUCCAAACCAAGUAUAUUGUGAAUGUGAUAAAUACUGGAAGGGUGAAGCUUGUGACAUUCCUUACUGUAAAGCCAACUGUGGAAGUCCAGAUCAUGGUUACUGUGACCUCACCGGAGAAAAACUGUGUGUCUGCAAUGACAGUUGGCAAGGUCCUGAUUGUUCUUUGAAUGUUCCUUCUACUGAGUCUUACUGGAUUCUGCCAAAUGUUAAACCCUUCAGUCCUUCUGUAGGUCGGGCUUCCCAUAAGGCAGUUUUACAUGGGAAAUUUAUGUGGGUGAUUGGUGGAUAUACUUUUAACUACAGUUCUUUUCAAAUGGUCCUGAAUUACAAUUUAGAAAGCAGUAUAUGGAAUGUAGGAGCUCUGUCAAGGAGUCCUCUCCAGAGAUAUGGACACUCUCUUGCUUUAUAUCAGGAAAACAUCUUUAUGUAUGGAGGCAGAAUUGAAACAAAUGCUGGCAAUGUCACGGAUGAAUUAUGGCUUUUUAACAUACGUAGUCAGUCAUGGAGUACGAAAACUCCUACUGUUCUUGGACAUGGUCAGCAGCAUGCUGUGGAGGGACAUUCAGCGCAUAUUAUGGAGUUGGAUAGUAGAGAUGUUGUCAUGAUCAUAAUAUUUGGAUAUUCUGCAAUAUAUGGUUAUACAAGCAGCAUACAGGAAUACCAUAUCUCAUCAAACACUUGGCUUGUUCCAGAAACUAAAGGAGCCAUUGUUCAAGGUGGAUAUGGCCAUACCAGUGUGUAUGACGAAAUAACAAAAUCCAUUUAUGUUCAUGGAGGCUAUAAAGCAUUACCAGGCAAUAAAUACGGAUUGGUAGAUGAUCUGUAUAAGUAUGAAGUUAACACUAAGACUUGGACUAUUUUGAAAGAAAGUGGGUUUGCCAGAUACCUUCAUUCAGCUGUUCUAAUCAAUGGAGCUAUGCUUAUUUUUGGAGGAAAUACCCAUAAUGACACUUCCUUGAGUAACGGUGCAAAAUGUUUUUCUGCCGAUUUCCUGGCAUAUGACAUAGCUUGUGAUGAAUGGAAGAUAUUACCAAAACCAAAUCUUCAUAGAGAUGUCAACAGAUUUGGACACUCUGCAGUUGUCAUUAAUGGGUCUAUGUAUAUUUUUGGAGGAUUUUCUAGUGUACUCCUUAAUGAUAUCCUUGUCUACAAGCCUCCAAACUGCAAGGCUUUCAGAGAUGAAGAACUUUGUAAAAAUGCUGGUCCAGGAAUAAAAUGUAUUUGGAGUAAAAAUCACUGUGAAUCUUGGGAAUCUGGGAAUAAUAAUAAUAUUCUUAGAGCAAAAUGCCCUCCUAAAACAGCCGCCUCUGAUGACAGAUGCCACAGGUAUGCAGAUUGUGCCAGCUGCACGGCCAACACGAACGGGUGCCAGUGGUGUGAUGACAAGAAAUGCAUCUCAGCAAACAGUAACUGUAGUACGUCUGUGAAAAACUACACCAAAUGUCAUGUGAGAAAUGAACAGAUUUGUAACAAACUUACCAGCUGUAAAAGCUGUUCACUAAACUUAAAUUGCCAGUGGGACCAGCGACAACAAGAAUGCCAGGCUUUACCAGCUCAUCUUUGUGGAGAAGGAUGGAAUCAUAUUGGGGAUGCCUGUCUUAGAAUCAAUUCCAGUAGAGAAAGCUAUGACAAUGCAAAACUCUAUUGCUAUAAUCUUAGUGGAAACCUUGCUUCAUUAACAACCUCAAAAGAAGUAGAAUUUGUUCUGGAUGAAAUACAGAAGUAUACGCAACAGAAAGUAUCACCUUGGGUAGGCUUGCGCAAGAUCAAUAUAUCCUACUGGGGAUGGGAAGACAUGUCACCUUUUACAAACACAACACUGCAGUGGCUUCCGGGUGAACCAAAUGAUUCUGGGUUCUGUGCAUAUCUAGAAAGGGCUGCAGUGGCUGGCUUAAAGGCCAAUCCUUGUACAUCUAUGGCAGAUGGCCUUGUCUGUGAAAAACCUGUUGUCAGCCCAAACCAGAAUGCAAGGCCAUGCAAGAAGCCAUGCUCUCUGAGGACGUCGUGUGCCAACUGCACGAGCAACGGCAUGGAGUGCAUGUGGUGCAGCAGCACGCGGCGCUGCGUCGACUCUAAUGCGUACAUAAUCUCCUUUCCGUAUGGACAGUGUCUGGAGUGGCAAACUGCCGCCUGCUCUCCUCAUAAUUGUUCUGGAUUGAGAACCUGUGGACAAUGUUUGGAACAACCUGGAUGUGGCUGGUGCAAUGAUCCUAGUAAUACAGGAAGAGGACACUGCAUUGAAGGAUCUUCACGGGGACCAAUGAAGCUUGUUGGAAUGCACAGUAGUGAGAUGGCUCUUGACACCAGUCUUUGUCCUAAAGAAAAGAACUAUGAAUGGUCCUUUAUCCAGUGCCCAGCUUGCCAGUGUAAUGGACACAGCACGUGCAUCAAUAGUAAUGUGUGCGAACAGUGUAAAAAUCUCACCACAGGAAAGCAGUGUCAAGACUGCAUGCCAGGUUAUUAUGGAGAUCCAACCAAUGGAGGGCAGUGUACAGCUUGUACAUGCAGUGGCCAUGCAAAUAUUUGUCAUAUGCACACAGGAAAAUGUUUCUGCACAACUAAAGGAAUAAAAGGUGACCAGUGCCAAUUAUGUGACUCUGAAAAUCGCUAUGUUGGUAAUCCACUUAGAGGAACAUGUUAUUACAGCCUUUUGAUUGACUAUCAGUUUACCUUCAGCUUAUUACAGGAAGAUGAUCGCCACCAUACUGCCAUAAAUUUCAUAGCAAACCCAGAACAGUCAAACAAGAAUUUGGAUAUUUCAAUAAAUGCAUCAAACAAUUUUAAUCUCAACAUUACAUGGUCAGUUGGUUCAACAGCUGGAACAAUAUCUGGGGAAGAGACUCCUAUUGUUUCCAAGACAAAUAUAAAGGAAUACAGAGAUAGUUUUUCCUAUGAAAAAUUUAACUUCAGAAGCAAUCCUAACAUUACAUUCUACGUGUAUGUCAGCAACUUUUCUUGGCCUAUUAAAAUACAGAUUGCGUUCUCACAACACAAUACAAUCAUGGAUCUUGUGCAGUUUUUUGUCACCUUCUUCAGUUGCUUUUUAUCCUUAUUACUGGUAGCUGCUGUGGUAUGGAAGAUCAAACAAACAUGUUGGGCUUCUCGACGAAGAGAGCAACUGCUUCGAGAACGACAGCAGAUGGCCAGCCGCCCCUUUGCUUCUGUUGACGUAGCUCUGGAAGUUGGAGCCGAACAAACAGACUUUCUGCGAGGGCCCUUAGAGGGGGCGCCCAAACCGAUAGCCGUUGAACCAUGUGCUGGGAACAGAGCUGCUGUUCUGACUGUGUUUCUUUGUCUACCACGAGGAUCAUCAGGUGCCCCUCCCCCUGGGCAGUCAGGCCUUGCAAUUGCCAGUGCCCUAAUAGAUAUUUCACAACAGAAGCCUUCAGAUAAUAAAGACAAGACUUCAGGUGUCCGAAAUCGAAAACACCACCUCUCAACACGCCAAGGAACAUGUGUCUGAGAAACAGAAACUGCUCCUGGAUAUUCUGUAAUGUUUGACUUUGCAAAUUGCCUUGUGCUAAGUCUGUCCGUGGCCUCGGUUUUUAUGGAGGCAAAUUUCAGUAUGGUCCCAGGGCGCAUGGUACAAUUCCCUCCGGAUGAGCAAUGACAGAAGUGGCCGAAGAAUGUUUAUGAGUUUUGUAGAAGCAACAGUCUUGAUGGUCACAGGUGAUAAAGUCCAUUUUUAUGACUCUCUUAGGCUUAUCGUAGAUAACAUUAAAUUACUCUGGAAAAAGAUGUAUAUUGUUUCUUAAUGCAGAUGAAAAAUAUGAAAUUCGUAUAAACCAAACUGUUUGUAUUCCAAGACUUUAAAGAAAGACAUUUUAUAAUGCCUGAACGAUGAGCUAUGUACAGGUUUUGCCUCAUAAGCAAACUUAAACCACUUGUGUAUGAACAGGAAAUGAACAAAUUGCAAUGGCUUUAGAUGCUGUUUUAUCUCACUGUAAAUGUAAAAGCAAGACUGAUUUAGUAGGAUGUAGGCAAUGUAUUUAAAUAUUUCACAUGACCAUAUCAUGUCCAAACUCAGCUUAAGAAUGUGGCCAUCUUCCACCCAACUGGAACACAGACCAAAAUGAGCCCAUUUGGAUGGAUGGUAUGUGCAGCUUCACAGGUAUCAGAAUUCUGAGUGAAGAGGGCAUUCCUGUCAUCCAUGCCGACCGCCUAACUCAUUAUCAGAGCUGAUAGAGCGUGGGAAAGCCUGUCCAGCAAUCAAUUUUUCCCCUCCUUCCAAAAACAGCCUCCGACACCAGAAACCUGAAGAGAACUGAAAUAGUUAUUUUACAGUGUGCAGGCUUCUGCCCUAACAUGGUAAUUUUUUAAUUGCCUAUGAAUCAUUGGAUCAGACCUAAGUGAUCCAUCUGCAUUUUUGUAAGAACAGAUCAUGUUCUGUUGGCCUUCCUCUGUGAGUUGCUAGAUUUUAUCUACCUUUUACAUGAUAUGAAAUGCAUUUUAGAGACAACAUCUCCGAAGUUAUAAGACAACCCAGGUUUCUUCCGGCCAACUAUUUCACUAAGAAUACAGGUAGAGAAGAGCAUUUGCUAGCAAGCAUCUACAGUAUUCUUAUUUCUAAUGUGAAUACAUGGUGUCAUGAAAGAAAGUCUCCAGUUUUAAAAAUAAAGUAAGCUCACUGUUGCCUGCAUUCAGCAUAUUCUUAAUGACUCAAAAAUCUGAAUUAUGACAGAAAGGAAAAAUGAUAUAAAACUGCUUUCUCUUUGGAACAUACUCAUUUGUGUCCUAAUUUUGACACAAAUUACACAAGAAACACAACUUAGAGUUGCUAGAACUCAGUCACAUUAACAGAUCUUAUUUGGAAUUACAGUUUCUUAACUCCAGGGUGACUACAGAAUAUAUGCAGAAAGCAAUGACAGAGAUAUCCAAAGCUGCUUUAUAUGAUAUAGUUGUGUUCAAUAUGAAAGUCAUUUAUUAAUGCUUAGUACUAUAUAUGACCUUUUUAUGAUCUUUGGAUUUCUGGAAGGUAAUGACACUUCACUAUUUACAGCUAAUGCAUAGAUCCUUGCAUGCUGAGGUUGUACAGUAGCAGAAUAUGACACUAUUGUGAUAUUCAAUGUUUAUUUCAUAAUGCCAUUUAUCCAUAGUCAGCUUAAUUUGAUGAAGAUUGAAUGUAAUGUAUAACAGGAAUGAUCAUACACUAUGUAGUUGCAUCAUAUAUAUGAUUGCUAGGUUGCAUCUAACCAUGACUAAGUCAUUGUUUUGAUAAUUAGGCAUAUAUAAAUUAUAGUAUAUAUUCCUUAUGUUGGCAUGAUAAUUUUUCUAUUUUCCACACAUUAAAAGUAAGACUAAUUCUUAGAGUAAUUUUACCUACAGCCUGUGGGCUUUGGGGGCUGGGAGUGGAGCUGGUUGUUUUCACCUCCCUAUGAUAUUUUCUCUCUCAAAAAAAAGAAAGAAAAAGUGAGCAAAGUUUGUAAAUGUCUCCUAAAAACAAUCAAGUAAUUUUAUAAGCUUCUUUUGGACCCUUUAAAUGUUGAUUUUUCUCCUGGAAAAAAUAAAUGGACAAAACUGAUGAUUACAAUUUAAAAAUAAAAUGAUUGGCCAAUUUGUUUAAUUCUCUAACAGUUGUCAUGAGAGAAAGCUCAUGUAACAAAAACAAACAUAUUCAGAGUUGUAUGUAAAUUAUUUUCAGCGAGCUACAUUUUCAGAGGCUAAGCAAACUAUUACUGUGAAAGAAUUGUCAUACUUCCUCCACCUCAAAUCCCAUCGGGUUCUUAAAACUUGAAAUUUGAAUUUUAGAGAAUUAUGGGACAUGAUGCAAUCAAUGUUAAGUUAAAGUCAUACUAUACCUUUCUGGGCCAAAUAGUGCUAACUCCGUGACUAAUUAUGCAAUAUCUUCUAGUCUUCUCAAAGCUUUUUACUGGCAAUAAAAUUCUUUACUCUCAGGUGAAGCUGACUAAAAAGACCUUAGGGAUAAUCACUUCGAAUCUGUGUCAUGUUCUUUUUCCCACACAUACCUUUUUUCCCCAAAUACCUUAAAUUUGGAUGCUUUUUAUUCUUUUUAAUCAAACCACAAGUAUAUGCUGACACUCUUCAAGAAGUGAACAGUUAUAUGACUAAGUCUCUUGAAAAUUUAUCUUAAUGAGAUUCUGUACAUUUCAGUUUAGAAUGACUUUGGCAACAUCUUUAGAUUUUAGGAUUUCUUAUUCUUCCAAAUAAGAAAAGUUUGGGUUGACAGAAUGGAGUGUUUUUAAUUAACCUGGGAGCACUAUUGGACAACUAGAGAAUUCCUGUUGAAAGAGAUACAGUUGUUUACAGAUCAAUUUUAAAAAUUAUAAGAGGAUUGGGAUUUUCAUAAUUGCUUUUAAAUGAAAAUUUAGUUUAGUGAUACACAUAGAAGGAAAGUAUAUGCCAUAUACUAUUGCAUUAUGUUCAACAGGAAAUCUUCAGAUAGGACAUAUUUCAAAGUGUGAUCAGUAUUUGCUGUACUUGUAAACAUCUUUUUUUUUUUUUUGGUUCCACUAAGACAGAAGUGUCUGGAUGGCUGUUGUCUUGCUGCAGGAUCAUUUAGAGCACAGACUGGUGGGUGGACUUUGGAACCAGCCUUGAGUUGUGUAGUGUGGGGCAAGUUUUAACCUUUUGAAGCCUCAGACUUAACAUCUUCGCAGGGGCAGAAGAGGUGUAAAGAACUGCCCACCUUGUAGAGCUGUUGUGAACCUACCAGGUAAUAAGUAUAAACUCCCAAGGCAGGACCUCAAUGCAGUGUAGUUGGUAGUAACAAUCAUGAGGCCAUCGGGCAAUUCUUUUCCUACCAGUUUUUUUCAUGAACCCAUCUAUUAAUCGUUCAUCCAUCUAUUCACAAUAGGUAAAAGCCAGAUAGGCUUUUACAAAUGAAGAUUUCAUAAUAAUCUUAAAGAUGCAGAGAUUUCUAAAAAAAGCUACUUUGAUAUUUGGGUCAAUAGAAUCUUUGACUCUUGCAAAAUAUAUAGUUUUAGUAAUUUUUAAAUUACUGCUUAAUGACAUUUAGACAGGAAAUCAAUGGUCACUUUCACAUCCGACUUGGACAAGAAGGGAUCAGUCCUUCUGUUUGCUUGUCACACAUAGUGUAUCAUUUUUCAUUGAACACAAUACUGUGACUUGAAAGUUUUUUAUUUUCAACGUUUUAAAAAAUUAGAACUGAUCAAAUGAACUAAUUCUACCCACAUACACUUAAAAAAAAAAAAAAGCAAUUUCCAAAGCCCAUUUGCCAUUCUACUAGGGUGCGUUUGGAACUUGCUUGAUCAUAAGAGCUGUCUGGGUUAGUGCAGAUUCUUACCUUUGACUGUAGAGGUUAAGAUUCAGACGGAUGGGACUGGACCCUGGGGAUUAAUAUGCUUAACAAGCUCCUCGCUGUUUCUUAGGAUCAGGCAAAUCAGAGAAACACUGCACUGGGCCAAAAAGUUGUCUUUUUCUACAGUUAGAAGAGUCUUUUUAAAUAAUGAAGUUAGCACUCUAAUUCAAAAUGCUUUCAAUAAUUUUCUAAGGAUUACAAGCCAUCUGAUGUCACAGCAGUGUUUUCACUGUAAUGUAUAUGUAACAUUUUAGUUUCAUCUAAUUUUUUAAGAAUUAGAACCAUCCCAAUACAUAUGUCCAGGUGUGCAUGCCAGUGUUAAAACAGAUUUUGUAAAAGUUCAACCUGCUUUAAAAAGUCAACACUUUAUGAUAUAGCAUGCUAUUAAUCAAGAGUUUAAUUACUGAAAUAAAAACAUUGGACCUUCCAACCCCCACUACUAAA